CUUCUUCUCGCCCGGGCCGUGGAAGUGGAUGUUUUGGUGAAAAAAAAUACCGUGUCGAAAAGAAAUGUAAACACGACUAAAACAUGACAUUUCGACCGAGUGGAACCUAAAACGGAUCGGCGGGGGGGCUCGAGGGUUGUCUUCUAUUAAAUAAAAGGUUUCCGGUUCGGCUUUGUUAUUAAUUCGCAUGCCCGCUUUCUUCGUAUAGAUGGUCUCCGGCGAGCGGUGUCUGGCAGCGGACGACGACUUCUUGGCGAAUAAGAUGAAGGAGAUGAUUGGAGGCUGCUGCGUUUGCUCAGACGAGAGAGGCUGGGCGGAAAACCCGCUAGUGUACUGCGACGGACAUGGCUGCAACGUCGCCGUGCAUCAAGCCUGCUAUGGAAUUGUGCAGGUGCCCACCGGUCCCUGGUUCUGCAGAAAAUGUGAAUCUCAGGAGAGAGCAGCCCGUGUGAGGUGUGAGCUGUGCCCCCACAAAGACGGAGCCCUUAAGAGGACCGACAAUGGAGGCUGGGCACAUGUGGUUUGUGCCCUUUACAUACCUGAGGUGGAGUUUGCCAAUGUUUCAACGAUGGAGCCCAUCGUACUACAGUCUGUACCUCACGAGCGCUAUAACAAGACAUGUUACAUCUGUGAGGACCAGGGUAGAGAGAGUAAAGCGGCCACCGGUGCCUGUAUGACCUGCAACAAGCAUGGCUGCAGGCAGGCCUUCCAUGUCACAUGUGCCCAGUUUGCUGGGUUAUUAUGUGAAGAACAGGGAUCAGAUGCAGACAACGUCAAGUACUGCGGCUACUGCAAAUACCACCACAGCAAACUGAAACACAAGGAGAGAGACAGGCACAGACCAAAACACAAGAAGGCCUCCGUAGACCUGGCCCCCUCCCUCGUCCUUCCAAACAUCAUGGCCCCAGACAAGAGCUACAACAGCAGCAGUACCGGAAGUGUGGUCACCUCUCUGCCCGCCUCCUCUCAGAAGCGAUUGGAUGACAGCACCGCCCGUUUCACCAAUGCCAACUUCCAGGAAGUGCCAUCAGCCCACUCUGGUGGCAGUUCCAAGGACAGCUCCUUGGCAGAUGGAGUGAAGGCAGGGCCAGAGGCGAAAAACAAGAAGAACAGUGGUGGCCACACGGUGGGACAGCGGGGCGGCCGCAAAUCUCUCACCUCCUCAGGAAAGCCCCUCCCCUCUGCCGUGGUCACCAUGGCAACCUCCUCCACAGCCGCCUCUGCCUCCACCGGGCCAUUCCAUCAAGGCCUCCUGUUGACCAGCGCAAGCAAGACGCCCUCCGCCCCCUCCUCCUCUGACUUCCUUAGUUUUUCUGAUUCGUCACUGCGUGCUGGAGGAGGGACCACCUUCUCAUCCCCGCCGUCCUUCAGCAGCUGCCUGGUGAAGCCAGUCUCUGAGGGUGGAGCUUCAGAGGGACCCACCACACUUUUCGGUUCUCUGAUGUCAGCCACCACGGCAUCUGCAGUCGGAGGGAAACUGUAUGAGAACUCCCACAGUCACACGACGGGCGAGACGCCAAGCCUGGGUGGAACUGGUUACAAACGGCCCCAACCUACUUCCACCUCUUCAGGACCAGGGAUUGGAGGAGAAGAUGGGGUAAAGAAGAAAAAGAAGGGCAACUGGCGGAACAGAUAUGGACCCUGCUUCACCACAGAUGUGAAGCCCUCAGAGCCGGUGCCCUCGCUGACACUCCCCACCUCCUCGACAGCCAGCCUCUCCUCCACGGCCUCCCCAAUCGCCGCAUCAUCUUCUUCCUCAGCGCUCUCAGGCCGACCCAGCUUGGUUUCCAGCAGUGGAGGAGGAGGAGGAGCAGCAGGAGUAGGAGAGAGGGGUCUGGGGACGCUAGGAGGUGUCAGUGGUGGGAUUCAGAAGUCCCCGUCGCUCCUCAGGAACGGGAGUCUGCAAACCCUUAGCGGCUCCUCAGCCACUGGGACAGGUGUUUUUUCCAGUGCUGAUGGGUCAUUGUCAGGGACUACAUCUGCUCCUGUGGGUGGAGCCAGUUCGGAGUUGUCCCAACAACAGCAACCAGCGCCUUCCCUAGCCCCUCCCUCCCCUUUCACCGCCACUGCACCGCUAUCCAGCACCACCUCUACACAUGUAAGUAGUCUGCCAGGAUCGGUCUUCAACCUGGCUCCCUCCCACAUGUUUGGGAACAGGCUGAACCCCAACUCUGCCAUGGCAGCCCUCAUCGCCCAGUCUGAGGCGUCACCAGCAGAUCAGGAGGUAGGAGACAGCAGCAGCGGUGUUGGAGCUCAGGGCUUCUCCAUAAGAGCCUCUCCCAAGACCACCCCACGCUCUCCCAUUAGCGGUCUGCAGAUCCGCUAUGACCCCUCAGGGUCGUUGCCAGGGCCAGGGCUGGGGUUGCUAGGGGCAGGGGGCGGCGGUGGGGAGACGCUGCCCCCGGUGGCCACCAGCAUAGAGCAGCUCUUGGAGAGACAGUGGAAUGAAGGGCAGAACUUCCUGCUGCAACAAGGAGCACAGGGAGACGUGGUGGGGAUGUUGAAGUCCCUCCACCAGCUGCAGGUGGAGAACAGGAGGCUGGAGGAGCAGAUUAAGACUCUGACCAUGAAGAAGGAGAGACUGCAGCUUCUAAGCGCCCAGCUUUCAGUGCCUUUCACCCCUACCACAGCUUCCUCCGAUGUGAAAGGAGUCAGUGAUUCCUCUUUACCCAUUACAGCUCAGGACAGCGCUUCAUGUGGGGGCCGUAGCAGCAGCGGUUCUACCUCCUCUCUCUCCACCCCUCCUUCUGUCUCCCAGAGUCCGCCCCAGCCGCAGCUCAAUGGGGUGACCACCGUGGGAGCGACCCCCGGGGGUUUGGGUGGGGUGGCGGGACUGAUGGGGGCACUGGGGGCAGGGGGCGCCCUCGGCAUGGGGGGCAUUGUGGGUGCUCUGAACGGAGUGAUCCAGGCACCAGCGGGCACUGCCAGCCCCCAUACACAUACCUCAGCGGCGGGAACCGGGGUCACCCUGUCUGUUAACAACAGCACUGCGCGUCUCGGUCUUUUGUCUGAACAGCACAGACUCCUCCUGCAACAGCAUCAGCUACAACAGUUACUGUCUACUCAGCCCUCAGCGGACCAGCAGCAGGUGUUGCUCUACCAGCUGAUGCAGCAGCAGCAGGACCUCCAGCAGUUGCAGUCCCUCUCCUCCUCCGCCCAGAUUCCCUCCAUCCCUCUCUCUUCUGCUCAGCUGCCCAUCAACAGCCUGCUGCCGGGCGCCCAUGGGCAGGGCCAAGGCGCCAUCACCACCAACCCUUUCCUUGCGCUGCAGCAUACCCACCCGCACUCUGACGCCCACACCCCGGGGGCUCAGAAACCACGGCUGGCCGAGAAGGCCGUGGGCAUCACGGGCCAGGAGAAGACAUGACAGCAGACGCUCUUCUUCAGUGUUCCUCUAUCUGUCUUUUCUCUGCUGCUCUUCUAUUUGUAUUCCCUUUUUCUUUCUUCCUCUUGGGCUCUCUCUCCUCUCCCCUCUCCUAUCUAGCUGUCUCAUUUUCUAGCUGCCAUACCUGUCUUGUCUCUCUGUCCUAGUCAGCCCCUCGUGGCUUUCCUACCAUGUUCAUUUUGUUCUCUGUCCGGUCUCUUCUUCUUUUUUUUUGCAACUUCACUCUCUCAGGGGCCACAGCUAACCAGAGUUCGUGCAUUCGGCACACAAGCUAGCACACACAAAAAGCUACAACUGUACAAACAAACACAGCCCCCCGCCACCACCACCACCACCCUUAUCCAAGAGACGCAGCAGUAGCCAGUGUAGGCCUGAUGCCUGUCUCCCGGUAUUCUCCAUGCGCUCAGAGGGGAAUAAUGGAGAGGCUUGAGGAAAUCUCCCUCGUGCUAGUACUGUUACCUCUCUCCCUUUGUCUCUCUCACUCUUGUUUGUGGAAAUCCAUUACUGUCAGCGAGCCAAGCCUCAAAUGGUCACCGCAGAAGCCUUGCUUUGACUGUCUCUUCUCUGGGCCAGAUACAGAGGGCUCAUUCAAUGAAGUGCAAUGUGAAAAAUGAAAGAAAAAAAAAGAAAAGAUAAAAGUGAAUGUUUAAAUGGAUUCUUUGUUCCUCUUGCAAGAUAAAAUUAUGCAGAAACAGAGAUGCUGGUGGUCACCCAGUGACUCUAGUACUGAAGCCUAAACAUUACAUUUUCCUGACUGAGCCCUCUACUGCACCUACCUCUCAUGCAGGACCAGCCGAUCAGGACCUAAGGGCCGUCAGCAGUGGCCAAAAACAAUACACCAGUCAGGACUGGCCAAUCAGGGUCCAAACCCAAGUGCCUGAGGCCAAAAAAGGGGGAGCGGGAUUUAUUUCCCUUCUUACCUGUGUCCCUGUCAGUCAACCCCGUUCCCACAAUGCUACUGGUAAUUAAGCUGUGUUGCUAAGGCAACAGAACACUUGGGCGUGUCAGAUCUGACGUGCCGUGUCUUUAAUUAAAACCCAGGAAAUACUAUUCUGCUGCAUUCUCUGAUCUCAAAGCCAACUUUGUAUUGUGCUCUUUAUUUAUUUGGAGUUUUCUUUUUGUGUGUAAUGGGCAUGAGAUAAUAUAUUUUGAACGCCCGCUUGUGUUGCAAUUUAACAUCGUUCUAUACUACUACUGUGUAAACAUUUUGUUUUUCUUUCCACACAGUCAAAUCUUGCUGUAAACCUUUUUAAUGACUUAAAAAUCUGUCAUGUAUUUGAGAACUACUUGAGAGUCGGUUGCUGAGGUGGUGUGGCUGUACAUAACUGUUUGUUUGUAGGGGGGUAAGGGGGGAGGCUUAGGGGCUAGGGUGUUAAAGUGGCACAGUUUUACCUCGUUAAGUGUACAUAGAUCUUUCUCAUUGGCCGUUGGUUGUACAUAAGUGAUUGUGAUUGGCCGUGCUGGUGUGAAGGAUAGCCAAUGAAGCCUCAGUUUGUGUGUGUGAAUCCUAGGACCAGACAAAUAGGUUGACGGUGACUGGACACGUAAAGUAUUAAUUUAUUUUUAUAUGUGCAGGGACAUUGUGUUUCUUUUUUACGUUUUGCACCAUUCUUGAUGAAACAUCAUUUUAUACUCUGGGCACCGUUUUCAUCUGUGCACAAAUUCGUUUGGAUCAGUUUUGUACAAGUGGAAAAAUGAUGGGGCAAUUUCUGACAUUGCAUUUCAAAACACCAAAAUAAAGAAAUGCUCUGAACAAA